AUGUCUGAAGGUCGAUUUGAAGAGACAGAAAUCCUCCUCAAACAUUCCGAGUUUGUCCUUGCCAGCCUAGAGUUUGCGGCUCACCAGUUCCGCGAAGAUGGCGAGAUUAUGAAGAUGCUAAGUUCAUCAGAUGGUAGCAAAAUCAGGUCUUUCGCCAAAAAUUUCGUGAAAGCCAAAAAGAAAGGCGAUUCACUUCCAACUCUCAACCAAAGCCUUUACCAAACACGUGAAAAAAUCGCUAUGCAAAUGAUUAUGCCAAUCAGAACUAUCGACUAUACAGUUUACUGGUGCCAGCUUUCAGUUGCACAAUUAAAGGUUAUGACAGAAACCAGUAGAGAAUUCGAUUUCCGUUGGAACUUACCAAUUACUUUAUCAUCUCUUAAGCUUUUCGGAGCCUUCUGCAGAAUCGUUCUCUAUCUUCACCAUAUCACUGCAGCUAAAUUCUUAGUCCAGCUCUUCUCCUCAUCGUCUCUCCCAACAACUCUUCCACUACAAUGCCAAUUUGAUGAUCUUCUUGAUUUCGUUUCGAAAUGCCAAGAUGAGCCAUUCGCAUUCAUUGCAUCCCAACUCGACUUCAUUAAGGAGAAAAUGUCUCUCAUGGUUGUCAACUUAUUGCCAUUCUUCUCCACAUUGAUGGGUGACUGGACAGUUUUCGAUUGGUCCAUGCUUUCUAUCUAUGAGAGAUCCCCAGAGUCCACAAUUGGAGAUUCAAUGCCUAUCAAUGAAUACACAUAUCUUGCAAAUAUCAGUUUCCUCCAGGAAGUUCUCACAUUGUUCACUCUUACCUUCACAUCCUUCAUGGAUGAAAACCAGCAGUUCAUUGCCCUUGGCCAUGCCAUCCUUUCUGAAACCGGAACAUUUUAUCUUUCCAGAAACUUCCCAGUAUCAAUUGAGGAAUUGAUCAAAGUUUCCAUCCCAUCCAAGUCUCUUACAGGCCUUAAGAGCAACCUCCAGAACUCAAUCAAUCGUAAGAACAAAGAAGUUCAUCUCUACAGAAUGAAACAGCUUCUUCUUCUUGCCAGCGAUGUUGUAAACUUCUCAGAACUCAAUUUCAACUCAUUCCUUCGUUCAAUCCAUAUCGUAAGAGCUAUUGCUGCAUUCGCAUAUUACGAAAUCGAUCUUUUCUUCCGUACAAGCGACAAAUUCGCCAAGAGCCCUGAUCACAUCAAGACAGUUUCCCACCUUCUCCACUACAUUGUAGAGCUCGCUUACUUAUUUAUCAAGCGCAAACCAGAUGUUGAACGUUUCUUCCUCUACAACCUCGCAACUGUCGACGCCGACCAUCUUUCAUACAUUCUCAACAAGUUCGGUACAGAUCUCGGCACUGCUGGUGCAGAUGUUGUUGCAACAGGCAGAUUAAUCUUGGAAUCACUGGAAGACCUCGAUUUAGCCAAAUUCGACAAUGGAAUAAGAUACGAUUUCUACCCAUUACAGCUUACUCACGGCAGAGCUUUGCAUCGUCAUAACGUCACAUCUCAGCGAUUAAGAGUUUCCUUCCUUACUCCUCUCUGCGAACACCUUAUGACCAUCUCCAUGCACGCAUCCGCCUGCCAGGAUCCCGUCAACUGGUUCCUAGAGUGUUGCCAGUUACAUACAAUGUGGCGCCACCUCAACAAGUUCGACGCUUUCAUCUCCAAUCCAUCCGCUCCAAUCGUCGAAUGCACAUGCUUCGUUCAUAUCUUCGAGUUAUUCAACUACGACAAAAUUGUCAUGUCAAUGCACAUGAACGAAGGCGCUACAGCUCAAUCCAUCCUCGAAAACCAGAUCAGACAGAGCUUCAUCAAGAGAAUGUUCUCUCUAAUGUCCAACCUUUUGAGCUCAAAUUCAAGAAUUAUGCAAUUUUCUCUCGACGGACCAAUCGGACAAGUCAUUCCUGAACAGAACUUGACACGCGACCUCAGAAGCAAGGAAUACUGCAACAGAGAAGCAGAAGAAAUCAACUCAAUCGCAAAUGCAAACAAACUCAUUGAAAAACUUCCACAGACAUGCAACGUUCUCGGAAAAGUCAUCGACAUCUCUCCUUACAUCGUUCGUCGCUUAACUUCCGACAUUCUCCGCAUCGUUUUACUUAAUAUGACUACAAACGGUUCUGCCAUCAUCAACAGUGCUCCUCUUGUCUGGACAUUCUUCAGCCACGCGAGAGCCCUCAACGUUGACCAGUUUGAAGAUGAAGAACUCGUUUUCCGCCGCGGAUUAUUCGAAUACAGUCUGAAAAGUGCCAUGUUUGCAGGAUCAUCUAUUUCUGCACAAGCACAAGCCUUCAUUGGCCGCGGAUCAUUAGAGCCACGCGAUAUUACUGAUCCAUCCCGUUUCAUUGUUUUUAUUUCCUCCCAAAUGAUCAAGUUCGUUGACACAGAAUACGAUUCCCAUUUGUACAACCACUUUGCAGAGUCAUUCAGUUCGUGCAACCACAACAUCUCAUAUUACAGGAACAUCUUCAGAGUUCUUGGUAUCCAUCCCGCCCUUUAUCUCGACGCAACACUGACAAACGGCAUUGUAGAGAACUUCUACAUCGUUCACCAAGCGUUUGAGUUCAUCAGGCAGAACCUCAAAAAACCAAAUGAUGUUUUCAAGCACGAGAUGGCUAAACCAGCCUCGAAAGCUCUUCUUUCUCUUUCAGUCGGAUUGGCAUUGAGGAACAUCAUCAGACGCGCGAUUUCUUUGGUCAAUGAAGAGGCAAUUCCAGGUAUUUCCGACAUCAUCGCAACAACAGAGUUGGAUGACAGACCAGAAUGCAAUUUGUUGAAGGAAGUCUUCUCACAGGAAGACACUACAUGGUUCAUAAAGACGAGGUUGCUCUCAAGAAUCAAAGUCCACAACGACGGACUCAAAGAUUUCUUCACUUUCAUCGCAACACUCAUCGCUGGUCCAUUCUUCGACGACAUUGAGUUUGAUCCAGAAAACAAUACUCUUUCUCACAACGUCCACCUCAUCCCGUACGCAUUCCAGCUCAUCAUCGAACUCGCUCCUUCUUUGUUCACAGAGGCAUCUUACAACAAGUUGCAGGGUGCAAUCGAACUCUUCUUCACGAAGAUUUCGCAGAUCGUUGAGUCAAGAAUGAAGAAGUUGAAGGCCCAGAACUUGAAGGCAAGAUACAUCUUGAUGGACCAGUUCCCCAAGCUAUGCUCGAAGUUAGAGUACGGAAGAAUGAAGCACGUGUUCCCUUACGCUCUCCUUACUCACAGCUACCCAGAAACUCAGUAG